AUGUACAUUCCUGAUAUCGAUCGACUCAUAGGCGGCGUUGACCGGCUUUUGCCAUGGCCUCGAUCGAGUGAUCUCGCGGAGGGAAUGCCGGGCAAAAAUGAAAGGAGAGAAAAAUCUGUAACCGAAAUAGGACACGAAUCAACCGAACCAGACGAAAGUGAGAAUCAGACAGCGGGGCAGGGGAGGGCAAAACUCCGAGUAGUAAAACCUUUAUCUAUAAUUUUCUCUUCCUGCCCUUUUCUCUCUCUCUCUCUCUCUCUCUCUCUACUUUUUCGAAUCGAGGAGCGCACACCCUCGACAGUGAGGAAUAAUUGAGAAAUUCCUGACGGAUGAAUGGAGUAAUUGUACACGGUCGAGGGAAUUUCGGAGAGUUCCGAUUGGUUCAGAGCUUCCGUCAGUUGUCAUUUUUGUAAUAGUUGAAUCAUCAGCAGUCGUUAUUAGGUCACAUUAAUUGUUAAAAAUUAGUGUUACUACCAUUGAUAGAAUAUUAUAAUCACAGAAAUUUUAUAUAACAUUACUGUUUGUAAUAUUUGACGCAAGUCUUUGCUUAAGUUUUAUUUUUAAAAUAAUAAUAUCUAGUUACAACUACAAUAA